AUGUUAGCGUUCACUACGAGGAUCGAACUGAUACAGAAGUUUUACGAAAAUGGGAGGAAUGCAGAGGCCGCCUUAAGGUCGUACCGUCGAAGCCACAACAUGCGCCAAGGUCCAUGGUCACGAGCAGCGUUGGGAAAGCUUGUGACAAAAUUUGAGAAGACAGGAUAUGUGGCCAAUUUGAAGAAGAGAAGGAGCCGUAGGGUUUCUGAAGACAUGGCUGCAGAAGUGGCAUUGACUGUAGAGGAAGAACGCGCGACAUCGCAUGUUGAAGCCGUCGUCGCUCAGCACGGAGCCCUCAUCGAGCAGCAGCUCUAGUUCAUCAAAAGCCGAGGCCGACUCCUCCGAAAGCUUCCAUUCCGAGAAAUCCACAAAAUCCUGAAGGGAAUUUUCAGCGUCGAGGAAAACUCGAGGAUAACCGCACCAUCCCCCGAUCGCGAAAAAUUGGAAGAGCUUCUUAAUGCUUUGGCCCAGAAGCCCGGCAGGUACGUGAAGUGGUACCUGCAGGUACUCCUGUUCCUGCAGCACCACUCGAAAGAUCUUGCCGAAGAACUGGAGGGAAAUACCGACUUGUGCAAUCGCCUUGAGCGAGUCCGGGAUAAGUUCUCGAAGAUACCGAAUGCCGAAAAACUCAAGAAUAUGCUCAUAGAAAGAAGGACCCUCGACAACAAAGAUGCCAGGACUCUCAAGGAGAGAUCCACGGCAUCGAAGACCCAGAACGCCCUGAACCUCUGGAACGUCCUGAAGACGAAGGACGGGAGGGACCUCCCGAUCAUCUGCUGCUGCCUCGACGAACUCGGGCACGGCGACAUCGCCCAGGACCUCCUUCAGUCCACCCCGGAGGAACUCAUGGACUACUUCGAAGAAGAGGUGCGUCUGCAAUGGGAGAACAUAUUGGACGCGCUGGAAAGACAGCAGAAGAGUUUGGACGAAUCAAAUGAGAAACUGGAGAAGAUAACGGAACAUUUGCAGGAAUGCAAGGGGGCCAACAAUGGAUCGCAACUGCUCGAGGAAAUAAAAGAAAUGCGUCUGGAUAUCAAGAGCCUCUUGUCCAGCCGUGAAGAUGAGAAAAAGUUCCUUCAAGACCUCGUCCGUGAAAAGAAUAUCAUGGCCGAGGAACUAGAGGUCAAGACAAAGCUUUACGACCAGUCUCAGAAGGAACUGGCACAACUUCAAGGCAACUUACGCAGCGUGAAGAGUCAACUCGAGGAGAUUAUGAAAAAGAAGACAUUUCUUGAGCAAGAGCUCGAGCAAUUGAAGACGAGUGACCUCAAAUGUAUCAUAGAGGGUCAGCUGAACGAUCUCAAGGACGAUAUGAACAAACGGAUGAAUGAGUUCCGACAGAAUCUGGUUGGCUGGAAGGCAGUGCAACAUGUGGAGAUGCGGUCGGGGUGCGGGGAAACUUCCCUCCAGACGCAGAAACAAGCACAAUCCCCUCACCCAAUGUCAGAGAAUCGUUCGAACAAAUUUGAAGCUCCAUCUCCCCGGAAGCUGUGGAGACCACUGAACUCGCUUUUCGGAGAUGUGAAUUAG